UUCGUACACUACAUGGACUUUUUCUCACCUGGAUAACGAAAAUUGCAUAUGGAUUGGUGUUAUCCCUUUCUUGUGUGUUCCAUUUCUGAAGUACGUUUAUGUGCUCGUACUAACACACCGGAAUGUAUUUUUAGAAAAGAGAGCAUCACCACCGUUUAAUAUUCUCAUCUUUUUCUCUCGCUAUUUUUUCUUUCAUUUUUUUAUCUAUCGAGAGUGAGCAGCCAAUCCCUGUAGUAUUUUAUUCGCUACUUUAACUCGGCCAUAGUAUCAUAUCUUUUUGCUCCGUCGGCGGGUGUUGAAAGCAUAAGCGGAUUAGUGUAUGCACCAGUUGGGUGCGAGGAAGGGAAAGCAGCAAGCUGAGAUGUCGCAAUCUUCAUAGAGAGUUUCCUUUUCGUGUCGCAUCUGCAUCCUUUCUCUUUCUCCUAGUCCUUAUUCUCUUCGGCUGACCAGUUAAUUAAAAAGGCUUAAAAAUUGAGACCACGGGAGCAUUCACCGGACCUAUCAUGUUCACUACAAACAACAUCCAGGCCGGUACACCGGUCGGGAUACAGUACCAAACGACAACGGCUGAUGUGAAUAAACAGGUGAAAAUAGACGGCCAAAAGACGAACCAGCAGACGCCAGAGUUUUCAACUUUUUACGCCAAUGUCAACAUGAUCCAGAAACUAACCCCGACGUCGCAGGCUUUGAGUACCGUUAAUCUUGCUCAGCUGGCCGAUGACACCAAGACCGUACAGUAUUUGCAACCGUUUAGCUAUGCAAAUUGCGCUCUUGUCAAUCAAAUGCAGAUACCGAAUGGGGUCACAGGGAUUACCGUCGAUGGCCGGCAACUGGUCGUCAAUAAACCUAUCGCAAACACAAUUUCCAACAUCAGCUUCAAAUGUGACGUGUGUGGUCUGAUGUUCAACCAUUUAACUUUGUUGAACCAUCACAAACGCACGCACAAUCAGGAUGGAGAGUCAACUUCGGAUGCCAUCACUGUGGUCACCCAACCUCAGAAUCUAGUACAAGCGCAAAACAUUAUUUCGGAAACCGGCCAAAACUUGGGCCAAAUUCAAAUUGUUGCCACCGAAGCACUGGAUCCGGCACCGCAACAAGCAGUUCAGCAGCAGCUAGAGCAACAGCAGCAGCAGCAACAACAACAGCAGCAGCAGCAACAACACCAACAUCAACAACAGCAACAGCAUCAACAAGUUGUUCACGUUACACAUAUGAAACAGGAAAAGGUCCAGAAAUGCAUUACAUGCGGGGGUCCAAUUCAGAACAAUCCGAAGCGCAAAGGACCCAAAUUGAUCCGCUGUGAGACUUGUAUCAGCAAUGAUAAUGCCCACAACGUGACUAGACCGACGCAAAUUUUUGUGGCUCCAGAUGGCGAUAUAAAGUUCGAAAUCGGCGAAAUUCCCAACACCUCCAGCAGUAGUUCUUCGAUGGAGUCGUUGAUGCCGGCCCAGAUCACCACCAUCAAGACGGAACACAACGCACCACCGGCGCCCGUGCAGGCCCACCCGGUGAAAAAACGAAAUAUGGCCACGGUUACCAAGUGUAACAAGUGCAACGGUUCGGGUGUAAUCAUAGUUGGAGGUCAGAAAAAGCAUUUGCAGCAAGCACCGAAUACGGUCCAUCAGCAUCAAACACAAGAAAAACCGUUCACGUGUAAUACCUGCGGCGGAAGGUUCUCCCGGUACUCCAGCUUGUGGUCCCACAAAAAGUUACACUCCGGCGAAAAGAACUACAAAUGUGGCAUAUGUGGAAUAGCAUUUGCAAAAGCAGUUUACUUGAAAAACCAUACGAGGAUACACACUGGCGAAAAGCCGUACAAAUGCGGAACCUGUGGUAUGCAAUUUUCACAAUCACCGCACUUGAAGAAUCACGAGAGAACACACAGUGGAGAGAAACCGUACGUUUGCGAGGUAUGCGAUAAAGGAUUCGCGCGACACGCCACCCUCUGGAAUCACCGGCGCAUUCACACUGGCGAGAAACCGUACAAGUGCAACCGCUGUCAGUCAGCUUUCAGCCAGGCUGCUCAUCUGAAGAAUCACGAGAAGGUUCACUCUGGAUUGAAACCGUUCAAAUGUGACAUAUGUUCAGCAGCAUUUGCCGAUCGGUUCGCCCUGAAGCGACAUCGCGGCAUUCAUGAGAAAUAUGGCCAAACAGCGCCACUCCACCAGAACCAGAUAGUUCACAAGGAGGAAAUAAUCGAAAUGGACGAAAGGUCCGGAGAGGUAGUAAUCGGCACGAUGUAAAACUGCCAUCGAAAUUUAGUAUGUAUGUACUUGUUUUUUUUCCUAUAAGCACAAGCUGCAGACGCAGCUUUGCUCCGUCAACCGAUUCAAGUCGGUUUGUUUUAUGGUACUAAUCAUUGGACAGAUUUAGUCAGAUUCUAGAUUAAUUUUAUUCUGUUCCCUCAGCAUCAGUGAACUCGAUUGUGUAGUUCAUAUUCGAAAAGUAGUUACAUUGUUUCGAAGCCAUAUUGCUACCAUUUUUUGUAAUUGUUCAUUUUAAUAUUCACCUUCGAUAAUAGUGAUAAAUGACUUUUAAAGAAAUAAAAGAGAAAACUUACGGGGAUUUUUGAGAAAAUAUCAAUGUAGUUUUAUUACAGAUCUUCUAGAGAUAGAGCAACUGACGUUCGGCGGUUAUUGUGAGCACAUUUCAUCUAACGCUGUAAAGCUAUGUAUAAAGAUUAGAACCAAUCUUAAGAAAAGAAAAGAUUUAUAAUAUAAAAGACGUCAAUAUGAAAUAAUAUAAGAAAAACUGUAUAUUAAACCACGUUUUAUGAAUAAUUUCAAUAGUAAAGGUGUCACAAUACUUUUUUUGUCCUUAAUUCGUCACUUUUGUUUUUGCUUUACAUAAUUCUAGGCGGCAUUCUUGGCCUAUUUCGUAAGUUAAUAAUAAUUCGUUAGCGUACAAAUUAGUUAUGAAAAAAUAAACUGAAUAAAAAAAAAAACAAUCCUAUACGAUUUCUGUCUGUAAAUAAAAUAGCGUCUGUUCAUCUUGUUGAUCAAAACAAAUGUGUAAGUGGCAAUAAGUUUUUACAAUAAAUAUUGCAGCGAAAAAUUAAA